AUCUCAGCAAUCCGUGGCUCUGCAAACUAACCCUGAACUUUCUGUAUUUGUGACGAGGAGCCUUUAACCAGCAAAGGCCAGCAAGACACCUGCUGUUAUACCCGAGUUAUCUGCAGUUAAAGAGAUCCAAAAUGCCCGGUAUCACAGUCGACGCCGUUCUCUUUGAUAUGGACGGGACCUUGAUUGAUUCCACACCAGGAGUUAUGCGUGCCUGGGAAACCUUUGGAAAACAAUACGGUUUUGAUCCCGCUGAGGCUGCUCAUGCAUCUCAUGGCAGGAGGCUCGCGGAUACUCUCGUCGAAUGGUGCAAAAUCCCAAAGGAUGAUCUCUUCCGUUUGGAGGCCGAAGUUGUACGGUUUGAGCAGGAAGUCAUCGAAGGCGGGCCAGUCAUCCUGCCUGGCGUUCACGAACUCGUCGAGCAGUUGAUUGAGGGCAGCUCCCCUGAGACCAAAUCUUACGGGUGGACCAUUGUCACUUCUGCCACGUCAAUAUACACGCCCAAAGCACUUUCUGUGUGCUCCAUUCCCGUCCCGGAUGCAGGUUACGUGACCUCAGACGAUGUAGACAACGGCAAGCCACAUCCCGAUCCUUACCUCGCAGGGGCGAAGAAAUGUGGCGUUGAUCCCUCGAAGUGUCUUGUUGUGGAGGACGCUCCGUCAGGUCUCAGAGCAGGCCAUGCUGCAGGUUCAAAGACGCUCGCGGUUUGCACAUCACAUACGCGAUCGCAGAUUGAAGAGUCGGGAGCGAACCCGGACUUCAUCGUCACUGAUCUUUCAAAGGUUUCGGCACGGUGGGUUGAUGGCAAAGUGGUCAUAGAGAUAGACGACCGGGUUGACUAGAGUUUGGUGGCCCUCGCUCUCUUGCCCGCGAGAGAAGGAAGGGAUGUGGUCGAUGUCACAAUAAAGUGUAGCAUGUAGAGGUAUUAUCAAUGGCUGAGCCAAACCAC